AUGGCAACCCGAAUGAAGCAGUGGCGGUCUUCGUCCGCGCGCCGCCUUUCGUCUGUGUUCGGUCUCAGCGCCAUGCUCGAGGAAGACGAGAACGACGGCGUGGACUCCUUCGAAGCCUUCACCUCCACCCUGCCCGUCCCCGCCCACCCCAAGCACAGCUCCGCGGCCGCCGCGACGACCACGACCACCAGGGCCACGUCGAAGCGAGGCAAGCGACGAUCGCCGCGUCAGAGCAAGAACGACCAGCCGGCCGCAUCUUCGUCCAGCUCGUCGCCCAAGGUGCCACCGCUGUCAUGGAAGCUGCCGCAAGCCCACGAGCCGCCGCUGUCGCCCCGCUCAGCCUCGUCACCCGCGUGCUUCGCCAAGCCGCCGGGCUAUCGGGGCCACCGCAAGUUCUCGCUGCCGCAGCUCGAGGUGACGUCGUCACCGCACGACGACGGCCUCACCUCGUCGGCGUCGAUGCCGGCCUCGCCUCGCCGGCUGCUCCAGUCCCUGUCGGCCUCCCUGCGCGCCCUGCGGGUCUAUGCCCGGACCACCUCGGGCGACGAGUUCGGCGAGGCCGACGAUGACCCAUCGUCACUGCGGCGCUGCGGGAGCCACAUCGAGUCGUCAUCGGCCGCUGCGGAGCGCAAGUUCCCGAACAGCCGACGCGGCGGAAGCGAGAGACGCGCACCCAAGAAGCUGUCUGCCACGUCGCCCUCCGUUUCGCCCUCCUCGCUGGCCUCGUUCAUCACCGCCAACUCCCCCUCUUCACCCAGCUCUUCCGUGGUCAGAUCGAGGUCAUCUUCCUCUUCGUCUUCUUCGUCUUCGACUUCGGCGGCCUUGUCGCCCAGAUCGUCGGCCGAUCGCACGCUGGGGCGGGUCCUGGAUCAGGUCAGCACCACGGAGGGCUACGAGCUUCUGACCGAGGCGCUCGGUAUCAAGAUCGUCUACCACCGCUUCAAGAAGCCCGUCUACAACAACAAGAAGACUGUGCGGCAGCCAACCGCCAAGGCCGCCGCCAGUGGUGGUGGUCUCAUCGAUGGCAGCAGUGAUGACAUCAGCGUCCUGGCGGUGAGCGCCGAGCACCUGCUGCGCAAGUACUUCGCGGUCGAGCAGGAGGAGAAGCGGCUGCAGCAGCUGCGAAAGGAGGAGGCCGAGGGCGACGACAUCUCCCUCAUCGCCCUCCCCGCCGUCGAGCUCACCUUCGACGGCCUUCUCGACCGCGUAGCCGCCCUCCACCCGCCCCUCCUCGACGCCAGCCAAGAAUCGGCCCGGGAGGUGGACCAGGAUAUCGACCAGGUUGUCGACAAGAGCAGAGACUACCGGGACUUGGAGGUGUUCUACGACGACGCCGAGGGCUCGAGGGUCGCGGUGCUCGACACGGCCUCGCUCCUAUACGUGGUGCGCGAUUGGCGGCACCGACAGCAGCAGACGCGACGCGAGGCGCAGGAGGAGGCGCGGAGGGAGCGGCGCGAGAGGUGGCGAAGGAAGAUGGAGCAGAUUGAGCAGAAUGAGCGCGGCAGGAAGAAGGAGAUGCUGACCAAGAUCGGGAACAUGAAGUUCAUGCUCAAGUCGCGCAACCCUCCGGCGUCGGCGAAGAACGAAAGCGAUUGCGGAAAGAGCGAAAGCGAAGGCGACGCCAGCCCGGAGGAGAGGGAGAAGAACGAAAGCGAAAGCAGGAGGCGCGAGAAGAUGCGAGGCGUCAGUCUCAAGCUCCACAUCUAUGAGCAGAGGCCCAGGCAAAAGUGA